AUGGUUGAUACCCGGAAAUCGUCCUUGCGCGAGGGCACUACCUCUGGGAAGCCACUUCUUCACAAGCACAAACACAGAGAUUCCAACCUGCCCUCAAUCGAUGACUACGAACACGACAACUUCGACCGCGGGCGCCCCCAACACAACGGCUAUGCUGGGCUGCCCGAUCGACAAUCCUCUCCUCGUCUCUCGACAGCGUCCUCCCGUCCGAUCUCUAGACACAGUCAGUCAUCCGCGGGCGGCUCUGCCACUCCCCACCAUCCAUCCCUUUCCAGACGAAGCACGCUACGGAGUCGAUCCCCCAACACGAAUGCCCGGCUCGCUGCUCGAAAGAAAUAUACAUACGCCGCUAUUUUCCUCAUCCUCGCCCUCGUAUCCUUCUGCGUGCAGACCGAGUUGGGCGCAUACGUCCAGAACGAAUUGGGAUGGAACAAAGCAUACUGCAUGCUGUAUCUGACACAUGGGAGUUGGAUCAUAUUGUGGCCUACCCAGCUGCUUAUAUUGCGGUUACAGAAGCGCGACAUGCCCUGGAACGUGUUCUGGAGCAAGCAUGUCUGGCUCUGCCGCACCACUGCGCAGAUGGUCGAGGGUAAGACGCUGGAAGUUGCCCAUCACCACACAGCACGAAGCCCCGUGCGGUACAUGUUCACCACGACGGCUCUCAUCACGAGCGCACUCACCAUCGCCGGACUUGGCUGGUAUAUAGCCGUGGACAUGACCACACCAUCGGACCUCACCGCCAUCUACAAUUGCUCCGCCUUCUUCGCAUAUGUCUUCUCCGUCCCGCUGCUGAAGGAGCCACUGCGCUGGGACAAGAGCUUUGCUGUUAUAAUCGCCAUCAUAGGCGUGCUGAUUGUGGCCUACGGUGAUUCCAAGCCCACGGACGAGGGGUCCGACGCCAACAAUCGCUUCCUCGGUAACAUCAUCAUCGGCGUCGGCUCGGUCCUCUAUGGACUUUACGAAGUCCUGUACAAGCGCUUCGCCUGUCCGCCCGAAGGUUGCAGCCCUGGCAGGGGAAUGGUUUUCGCAAAUCUCGCUGGGAGUCUGAUUGGCAGCUUUACGCUCUUCGUGCUCUGGAUCCCACUGCCCAUCCUGCACAUUCUCGGCAUUGAGAAAUUUGCGCUGCCCACCGGCGCGACUGCCUUCUGGCUCUUCGUGUCAGUAAUCAUGAACGCGACCUUUGCCGGGUCGUUCCUUGUGCUCAUUAGCCUGACGUCCCCGGUGUUGAGCUCGGUCGCGUCUCUGCUGACCAUCUUCAUCGUGGCGCUGAGCGACUGGUUCCUGACCGGCGAGCCGCUCAGCUUUGCGGCCAUCGUGGGCGGCAUCUUGAUCAUCGCCGCCUUCCUCAUGCUGAGCGUUAGCACGUGGCGUGAGAUCCAGGAGGAGGAGAAGAGGAAGAGCGUUGAGUUCGACGAGGCCGACCUCGAGCCCGAUGAGGAUGACGAUGAGAGUGACAAGGCUAGCUUGGUGAGCAACCACGGCUAG